GAGAGAGGGAGGGAGGGAGGGAGAGAGCGCGAGGAGGAGGAGGAGAGAGGAGAACGAAGGGGGCGACAUGGCGGCGGCGGCGGCGAGGAGUGGAUUCCGGCGACUGUUCUCCAUCUCGGCCUUUACGCCGCCGAGCCCCGCCGUGGCUCCUCCGAAGGCCGAUCCAUCGCCGAACCUCUUCGUCUCAGGGCUAAGUAAGCGUACUACUACAGAGGGACUUAGAGAAGCUUUUGCUAAGUUUGGGCGGGUUGUUCAUGCUAGAGUUGUAACAGAUCGUAUGUCGGGUUACUCAAAGGGUUUUGGUUUUGUGAGGUAUGCUACAGUAGAAGAAGCAGAAAAAGGCAUAGAAGGCAUGGAUGGCAAGUUUCUUGAUGGAUGGGUUAUAUUCGCGGAAUACGCAAGGCCAAGGCCGCCACCAUCCCAGCCAGAGAAUUCUUCACCAGCACCACAGUCAUGGGAGACUCCAUCUAUGUCUUAGCAGUGCUCAAUAAGGCCCCCUCCUCUCCCUUCCCUAAUUAAUACAGUCAUCAACAUAAAAAGUGCCCAUCAGAUGUAAAACUCUUGUGUUUGGACUAUGCCAUUUGUUGUCCUGGGUUUCCGCUUAUCAUCAUCGAAUGAAGUGGGUUUAACUCUUAUUUUUGGUCAGAUUGAUGGUCUAUCCGUGGACAUCAUAAACGUUUUUCUUGCAAUCCGUGUUAGCUGGAUGUGGACUAUUUGUGUUAUGAUAGACAAUUAUCGAACCGUAUGAUAAUCACAUGAUUCUUUUCGUAUGA